GGGGUUGGGUUUUCGCUUCUUUAAGGGAAAGAGAACCAAAGAUUCAGCUGUCAUACACUUGGAUUCUUCUUGUGGUGCUUUACUUAGAUACGUAUCUUGGGUCUUUUCCACUUGACAAGAACUACUGAUUCUGCUCUGUUUCUGUGCUCAUGAUUGAAUUUCAUCACACUUGAGUGAAUCUGGUUGAUUGUUGCUGGAUUCUGUAACUCUGCAUCAAGAACUCAAGAAGGGAGAUAUCAAUCAACACUGACUGAUUUUGCUUCAAUAACUAUAAGAAAAGUGCAAAAUGGUGACAAGAACGGUAGAUCUCCGAUCUGACACAGUGACUAAACCAACUGAAGCCAUGCGGACUGCAAUGGCAAAUGCUGAAGUUGAUGAUGAUGUUUUAAGUCAUGACCCAACUGCCCGUCGCCUUGAAACAGAGAUGGCAAGAAUCACAGGCAAGGAAGCAGCCCUCUUUGUCCCUUCAGGCACAAUGGGUAACCUUAUUUGUGUGCUUACACAUUGUCCAAUUAGGGGAAGUGAGGUAAUUCUAGGUGACAGUUGCCAUAUCCACAUUUAUGAAAAUGGAGGUAUUUCCACAAUUGGAGGUGUUCAUCCAAGAACAGUGAAGAAUAAUGAAGACGGAACAAUGGAUAUCAAUCAAAUUGAAGCUGCAAUUAGAGAUCCUAGAUUUGAGAUAUGUUGCCCAACAACUAGGCUCAUCUGUUUGGAAAACUCACAUGCUCAUUCUGGUGGUCGAUGCCUUUCUCCAGAAUACAUAGACCAAGUAGGAGAGCUAGCAAAGAAGUAUGGACUGAAGCUUCACAUUGAUGGUGCUCGUAUUUUUAAUGCAUCAGUUGCACUGGGAGUUCCGGUUGACAGGCUUGUACAGGCUGCUGAUUCAGUAUCUAUUUGUUUAUCGAAAGGUCUUGGUGCUCCGGUUGGAACCGUAAUUGUUGGUUCAGAAACCUUUAUUGCCAGAGCAAGGAUUCUCAGGAAGACUCUGGGUGGUGGAAUGAGGCAGGUUGGUGUCCUGUGCGCUGCUGCUCUUAUUGCAUUGCAAGAAAAUGUUGGUAAGCUUGAAGGAGAUCACAAAAAGGCUAAAACUUUAGCAGUGGGGCUGAACAAAAUCAAAGGACUAAAUGUUGACAUUGAUUCCGUCGAGACUAAUAUAGUAUAUUGUGAUAUCCUGAAGAGCGUAAAUAUCACAGAAACCAAGCUUUGCAAGAUUUUGGAGGGACAUGGGAUACUUAUUUUACCAGAAGGCCCAUUCAGGAUUAGGAUGGUCCUUCACCACCAAAUAUCAGAAAGCGAUGUCCACUACACUCUGUCUUGCAUGCAGCAAGCUGUUAACGGAGUUCAUGGCAAGCAAGACGGCAAAUGAGACAAGUUCUUAUGAUAUCAUACACUAUAUUUCUAGUUCUUGAAAUUUCUGAGCAUCAAAGAUCAAACCUAUCAUCACGGUGGAAGUCUGUAGCAAACAGUAAAACCUUACAAGCAGUUUUAAAUUCUAAAGUGUGAUUUAAACUUCUUCUUUUCUUUCUUAAUUUGAUAUGAUUUUGGAGCUAUCUGUCAUGAGCAUAUUUGGGAAACAUACGCGACUUUUAUUGUUAAUUCUUUGGGUGAAGGAAAAUACAGACUGAAUUGUACAGAGAUUAA